CUCAAACGACCAUCAGCGCCCAUCCACUCCGUUAAGCCCCCUGCGACUCGCAAGUCCUAUCGCGGCUCAUUAGCGGGCCGCGACUGAUCCAGACGCUCCGAUUUCGGGCAAUCGCCGUCUGGCUGACUUCGGGCCCCCCAGAACCGGUCCCUGUAUCUCAGCGCCACGUGUUGCUGCCCGACCGAGGACACCCCCACACCUUCGGACAUUGGCAGCAUACGAUGUCAUCUCGCCUUGUGACGGCCGAGAGGCUCUCAUCCCUUUUCUUUGUCUUCCGUGCUCCCGAUUGGCGCGUCGUCCCUUUAUUCUUUUCAUGUUUAUCUGUUCUCAUGACACCUGGGCGUCAGUCGCAGAUCGCUCGAUGUGAUUGUCUUACUAAAAGUUGCUUAUUGUUCCGAUUUUUCUCUUUUCCUCAUGAUGAUUCAUUUUUUCUGACAGCAUAUGGGCACGGCGUUAUGAGUUGCAAGUUUCCCUUGGACAAAAGAUUGUGCAUGGUCAAACUGGAAGGUGGUGGCUUGGGCUGAGAAGAGCAUUGGUCGUUUUGCAUGGAACGGUGCGAAGAGGAGUUGGGUGUGCUUGUUCGUUGUAAGGC